CUCAUUUUGCAGCUCGCUAAAAAGGACUUUCAAUAUCCAAAUGCUUAGUCACAAAGUCUGCAUUGGUAAUCUCUAGUCUUACAUGCCAUUUAAUAAAGCUGUAUGUGGGAAACGGUCAGCAGCGGGCUGCUAUAAAUGCGCCUGGCCUUGGUUCUCGACACCAGCUCUGGUUUUGCACAUUUUCCCGACAUUUUCCUGACGUCUGCUUUCAUUGUCAUGCAUUUUUCACUCAUACUUGCUACAGCUGCAUUUGCAUACCUCCAUUUCACAUACGGUGCCGCUGUCCCUGCUCGCCCCAUCCGUAUGACACCGCUGGGCGGGGAAACUAUAGGCACCGCCAAUCCAGCGGCCAUGCAGAAGCUCACAAGUGCCAGAUUCAUUGCUGGCCUGUUCUGGGUGACCACAUCCGGAGUAGCAUACCGCCGGUGUGCGGCAACAAUCAUCACAGACAGCGUGCUGGUGACCAGUGCAGUUUGUGUCGAUAGUGCAGAUGUUGCAGCCAGGCACGGUGCUGGCAGUUGGCUGGUCACUGCAGGCAGCAUUGACCGAUACAUGCAGAACAUUAGCGGCAAUCUGACGGGCAAUCGGCUUAGCCAUAUCGAUAUCAACGAUGAUACAAAUAUGGCAGUCAUCAAGCUGCAGAUGCCGCUAGCAGUCGAUGGCAAUAACAUCAAGACCAUCUCCGUGUCAUCCAAAGUGCCAAUCCCAGAUGGUACCUCGUUGACGCUUUUCAACACCACCGACACGACUGACGGACCAAUGCUGAUUGUUACGCAAGGCAGAGACGAUGCGUGCAGGCUAGCCGUUGCUGACUACGCAAGCCGGCACCUGAUGUGCACACAGCCUGUCCAAAACCAGUACGUGUACGCCGAUGCUCUGGGCGGUGACCCCAUCAUCGGCUAUGCCUUGAGCAACGCAAAAGGCGAGCCGCCAAAGGUGACGCUGGCCGGGGUCUCUGGGAUGUACUACACCAGCAAGCAGGCAACGCUCUCGGGCGCGGAGAACGACAAGGCUGCGUUCCGCUUUCAUAGCAUCAUCGGAUACCAUAUUGACCACAUCGUGCGGGUCGCCGGCGUGGAUGCGCGCUCCAUCGUCAAUGAUAGCGAACUAGUCUUACUAUGACAAAAAUACUU